AUGGAGGGGAAGGUGCUCCGUGCUGUUCCCCCAAGGGCCACACGGUGUCGCUGUGAGAGGCCCACUGCCCCUCAGCCUCACACUCAGAGCUUCUUCCAGCUGAAGGGAGGCUGUGGCUCCUGUGGGGGCUGCUGCCAGUCCAGCUGCUGUAAGCCCUGCUGCUGUCAGUCCAGCUGUUGCAAGCCCUGUUGCUCUUCAGGCUGUGGGUCAUCUUGCUGUCAGUCCAGCUGCUGCAAGCCCUGCUGCUGUCAAUCCAGCUGCUGCAAACCUUGCUGCUGUGAGUGCAGCUGCUGUAAGCCCUGCUGCUGUCAAUCCAGCUGCUGCAAGCCCUGCUGCUGUCAAUCCAGCUGCUGCAAGCCCUGCUGCUGUGAGUGCAGCUGCUGUAAGCCCUGCUGCUGUGAGUGCAGCUGCUGCAAGCCCUGCUGCUGUCAGUCCAGCUGCUGUAAGCCCUGCUGCUGUCAGUCCAGCUGCUGUAAGCCCUGCUGCUGUCAGUCCAGCUGCUGCAAGCCCUGCUGCUGUCAGUCCAGCUGCUGUAAGCCCUGCUGCUCUUCAGGCUGUGGGUCUUCCUGCUGUCAAUCCAGCUGCUGCAAGCCCUGUUGCUCUUCAGGCUGUGGGUCAUCUUGCUGUCAAUCCAGCUGCUGCAAGCCCUGCUGCUCUUCAGGCUGUGGGUCCUCCUGCUGUCAGCCCAGCUGCUGA